GUUUGAAGAAUGUCUUUCUGGGGGAUUGAAGUAAAAGCCGGAAAACCGGUUUCGCUUUGCUUUGAACGGACACGAGGACGGCUUCGGAUUUCUCAGGCAACAUUGGGCAUUGGGGAUUUGACAGCGAAGAGCUUGGUUCAGUGUAAUGUGGGAAGUAAGACUCCAGUGUUUGUGUGUGCCUUGUUGCCUCACAAGACGGAGUCUUGCCAUUUGGAUUUGGAAUUUGAGGGGGAAGACGAUGUGGUCUUUUCUGUUCUUGGACCAACAAGUGUCCAUCUAACCGGUUAUUAUCUGAGUAAGAGUUGUCAUACAUAUGCAUACAGUGACACGGAGUCAUAUGGAGAGGAUAUAGCCAACACAGACACAGAGAUGUCCAAUCAGUGCAGUGAUGAUGACGAUGAAUAUGAUGAUAGCUUUAUAGAUGAUGAUGAUGAGCCGGAAGUGUUCUCAUCUUCACCGAUUUCAAGUGAUGAAGAUGGAGAUGUAGUAAGGAAGUACAAACGACUUAGGAAGAAACGCCAAACAAUUGUGUCUGACACUUCACAAGAAAGCGGAGAUGAAGACAAAUAUAUCUUGUCUGAAUCUAAAAAUAAAGUAGCUCCGAAGUCAGAACGUGGAGAAGGGAGUGGCAAAGUAACAGAUGAGCUUACUGGUCGGGCAGGUAAAGAGGAAAAGGUUGACACUAUGGAUACCACAAAUGUAGAGCCAGAAUAUGGUGCUGAGUCUGCAAAGAGUGCAAAGCCAAGCAAGAAAAGGAAAAACAAAUCUGAGGAUGAAGUUGGUAUGAAUGGCCAGGAGAACAUGUCUGUUGAUGAUAAAACAGAGCAACUCACCAAGUCUGACGUGAUGCAUAAUGAAGUUCCUAUAGGAAUUGUACCCCAUGCUGAUGACCUAUCUGAAAAUGGUCCAAAACUAAAGAAGAGGAAAAAAAGGAAUGAGGGAGAGAGAUUGAAUGAAUUCAAAGAUUCCAGUCCUAGUGAUGAUCUCAAAGAGGUCAAGCAAGAUGCUGAGGGUACUGAUAUCAGCAAGGAUUUACCAGCAAGAACUGGAGAAAAUAAAUUGCCAACUAAUACUCAAAGUAUUAACAUUAAUUCUGGCGUAGCUGAUGGAUUCCUAUCUGAGAAGAAGCAUGAAAAAAAGAAGAAAAAGAAGACCAAAGUUGAGGCUGAUAUGUCAGUGAAUGAAAAUUUUGCCAUAGCUCUGGACAAUGAUGGUCCGAAUGUGGAGUCCUCUGGAGUGAGAAGCUUGUCAAAUGGAUUGACUAUCGAAGACCUUUCAAUGGGUGAAGCAGAUGGAAAAGUUGCUACUCCAGGAAGAAAGGUGAAAGUUUACUACACUGGCAUGCUAAGAGAGAAUGGACAGGUUUUUUACUCCAAUAUUGCCAAAACUCCUUACAAAUUUCGCCUAGGCGACCACCAAAUCAUUGAUGGAUGGAACAUUGGUCUUGAAGGUAUGCGUGUUGGUGGCAAAAGGAGACUCACCGUCCCUCCAUCAAUGGGUUAUGGCAGUCAGGGAGGUGGAGAAAGCAUACCACCAAACUCGUGGUUGGUUUAUGAGAUCGAACUGGUUGGCAUCCGGAAAUGAUUUUGCUUUGGCUUUUCUGCUACAUUUUACCUUCAA